UUGUGAUACCAUUCCUGAUUUCAUGACGUCGGGCCCUCAGAUUGGUCGGCAAUGACCCCUGAGAGCUGUCCCCUGAGCUUGGGGAAGGUCUUUUAAAUGAUGAGGGUGUCAGAAUUUCGAAUCCUUCGGUGGUUGCGCCGAGUAAGCCCGUCCAGGAGACACGACCUACACAAGGUGUUAUUCGGUUUGACCAUGGCUGACAGCUCUACCGCCGAACAAAGCCCUGAGCUUGGGUAUUCGCACGAUAAUCUUCGUCAUGUUGUCAUUACAGCCACUUGCUUUGCUCUCAUUUUAUCGACCGUCUCGGUGAUAUUGCGGCUUUUUUGCAGGGUGGUGACGAAGACCAAGAUGUUCCUGGAUGAUUAUUUGAUCAUCGUUGCACUUGUAUUUUUAUAUGCGGUCUCAUUUUCUGGAGUAAUACUACUCUACAACGGCCUCGGAACUCAUAUCUAUUUCGUGCCUCCACAAGAAUUGGUCGUGUACAUGAAGACACUGUCCACGGGCAGUUUCACAUACACGCUAUGCAUCGCCUUCGUCAAACUAUCCAUUCUUGCCUUUUACAAACGAUUGUUCCCCAUUAAGCCCAUGGUCCUUGGUGUCAAUGUUGUCGGAUCUCUCGUCAUCCUGUGGGCCUACGGCGUUUGCCUUGUCGGCGCAUUAACCUGCAUCCCCUUCCGAAAAUUGUGGGAACCUACUACCCCCGGCGGCUGCAUCGACCUUCCCAAAUUCUACUACGGCUUACAAAUCCCCAAUAUCGUAACUGACGCCAUCAUUUUGGCAAUGCCAAUGAAGGUCGUGUGGAACCUGCAUGUGCCUAGGGCGCAGAAGGUGGCGUUGUCGGGCAUUUUCCUGCUCGGUUUCUUGACUCUAAUUUUUGACAUCAUCCGACUCGUGGCAAUGGUCGAGCUAUCGGAGGCGGGCAAUGAUAUCACAUAUGCACAAACGCAACCCAGUGUUUGGACAUGCAUCGAGCCGGCCGUCGGAAUUACGGCGGCCUGCUUAUCGAACAUGCGGCCGCUAUUCAAAUUCUUGCCCGACAUGCCUAAAAUUCCUUGGCCGCGAAGUUUCAGAAGUUUGAGAAGCUUUACCCUGUCCAGCAGCGGGAGGAGGAAAAGUCAUUCGGGGAAGCGAAUUCGGACAACCACGGUUGUCGAAAUCCACAGUCGCAAUAGCAGCAAAUCUGCAAGCUCUGGCUGAACACAAACUUCUCCGGAGCAGCCAAUAACGAUACCACCUUUUCAACGCCAUGGGGAAUAUUUUGGUCACGAGAAUUUCCGCAUGUUUUUGGGUUGGAUAAUGCCAUUAACGCUGGCAGGAACUAGGUGAUUUGGGCUCUAGAAAUGCCAUCAGACUCCACAGCCAAGCUUCACUGCUUAUCUUGUUGCUCAGCUAUCCGCAAUUUUUCUUGGUUCCUAUUGGAGGAUAUGCAGAUAUCUGUUCGAACGCCCUAAAGUUAUCGUCCUUGGGUAACAUCGCGUUCUAUAACAAGGCAUCUACGCGCCAUAAGCAAAUAUAGUUCCAUUUUGUUUUGUUCUAUGCGGCUGUGACCGGCGCAGGAUUCACACCAUUGUCAUUGCAGAAUCAUCGGAGUGCCAACUCUUUUGAAAUCAGGACCCAUAGAAUUAGCGCCUUCCCCUUAAUGGAGAAAUAUCCCAC